CUACACGCCCCCUAGACCAGUGUUUGCCAAUACAAGUUGUGAUUUGUGUUCAAUUCCCUCUUAUUUUUAUACAAAGGAUGUUGACGAUGUGCAUUAUGCCAGGAGGAUGGAUUUAAGAGGGCGGAGUGUCAGGUCUUUAUAGCUUGGGUAUAUCUGCAGCAGGGCACAUGGAUACAAGCGGAUACAAAUGCAAAUAAGUAUUUCAUACUGCAUAGUCAGCAGCCACAUGGAGUGCCGAAGUUUGAUAAAAAACGGAUAUAAAACAACAACUAACUGACCGCUAUGUUGUACUGUAUCCGACAUGGAAUUAAUCUUUGUUCCCGCUGUAAAUAACAUGUAUUGGAGUUAGCCGACGCGUGAUUUGAAACAUUUAUUUUUCGACGGGUGACAGGACAUCUGAAGAACUAUAUGAAAACACUUUCUUGUGCAUUUCUAUCACACCAUGAGUCUUUUGCAGCCAAAGUAUAAUUGAUUCUCAGUGAAAUUCUUGAGGUUCGACGAUAAGAGCUAUUAAGCAUCGCCAAGAAACUUCACAUCGGUCUGCAAACGAUGCAGAGGAGACAGGGAUGACAAACCGGUGAAGACAGCGGAUUUAAAAUCCAGUAAUAUAAUCCCUAUGUAAAAAUUGUAUUUUUGUGACAACGGCUUCCAUGGUGAUUAUUCAUGAUCCCAUGUAGCAGAAGAAAACCAAUAGGCUACUAAUACUAUUUUGUCGAUAGGUAACGCUGAAGUCACCGUGCGUUAUUCAGUUAUCUGGAAAGCAAUGUGCAUGUAAACUGCAACUUUUAACAACUAUUUUUAUGACUUAAUAUUUACUACAUAUUGCCACGUUUUCAUUUACAUUCGAUAUUCAGAAAUGGUCACCUUUUGCUGAAGGCUGUUCACAUUGGAUUAUAGAAACGGGCAUGACUUUUUGGAACUUAAUAAACUAUCCAUUUGGAUGGUCAGUGGACAUUUGUAAAAAAUCCUGAAGUCAGUUUUGAUGCAGCCAAGUCCAUGAUUUGAAUCCCUUUUGACUUAUCCAUUAUCACUAAAUCUAAAUGGAUUUUUUUCAAGAGGCGAACAGAAACAUGUUGCAUCUCCAUGCGCUACAAUCAAUCAUGGUACUUUUAGGGGUAGCAGACUGUCGAGUCUUGGAGGGAUUGCAGAGGUUUUCGUCCAUCCCCACCUACUUGCCUGUCAACUACCAGGUGGUCAACGCAGAGUCAGCCUUCUUCCUGAAGGAGGCCAACCAGGAGUUUAUGAGGAACUCCAGCCUGCUGUCGCGGACAGAGCCCUUCUUCAUUUAUCAGGCCCGCAGCAUGCCCUCAGUAAACGCCAGCUAUGGACCCCUCUCUGUGGAGCAGCCUGUCCCCCCGGAGCUCAUCCAGCACCCUGGAGCCUUUGUGGCGUCCUCCAUGUUCACCUUCAACUGGAAGGUUCAGACCUUCAUCAUUCAGGAAAGGAUCUACCUGGCCAAGCCCAGGGUCCAAGUGCUGUUCUAUGUGGCCGGCAGGGACUGGGACGACUACAGCGCCAUCGACAAGCUGCCCUGCGUACGCAUGUUUGCCUUCCAUGAGACCCAGGAGGUGCGUGGCACCUGCCAGCUGAAGGGGGAACUGGGGCUGUGUGUAGCUGAGCUGGAGCCCCUGGCUGGCUGGUUCAGCCCCCCCAGCGUAGUGCCUGGGCGUCAAAGGACCAUAGAGUUGGCCGAGGGAACCACCGUAGAGCUCUACUACAUGUUACAGUCAACAGAGGAAGGGGAGUGCCACACGGAGGAGGCCCGGAAAGGCAACUCCAUCCGCUCGAAUCAGGAGGGUCUGUUCGGCUCAUCCACCUCCACCCCCAUGAGGAGGAUCGGCAGUGUGCGUCUGUACCAGAUCCCUGCCACUCCUUUCCUGACUGAACACAGGCUGGAUAGUAACUUCCUGGUCAUGGUGCCAGCCAUGCCUAUGAGGCAGAGGGACACUGUCUCUGCCUUCAUCACUGCCUCAGCCUUCUCUCCUGUGGAAAUGUUCACCCUAAGGGUCAAGUUGAAAGAGGGCAUGGUGUUUCUGGGUGCCCGGCCCAGCAACCCCACCCUGUGGAUGGUGAGCCAGGAUGUGAGGAGCGAGGGGCACAGGGUGGUCACCCUCCGUUGCCGCAGGAAAGAGUCCAGCUACGGACAAAGGUCAGAUGUGGGUUUCCAGAGGGUCCUACAGGUGGAUCUGGAGGUGGACAGCUCCCUGGGUCCACUGGGCAGCCGCUGGAUCACGUGGCAGGUUGAGUACCCGGGCAGCCAUGCCACCAUACAGGAGGCAGAGACAGAGAUCCGGCUUGCCCAGAAAGACCUGGGGGGCAUUGUGCCCCUGGCUAUGGACACAGAGAUCCUGAACACGGCCGUGUUGACAGGGAAGACUGUGGCUGUCCCGGUGAAGGUGGUGACCAUCGGAGCAGACGGCACGGUCACUGACGUCUCAGAGGCAGUGGACUGUCGCUCCACAGAUGAAGAUGUGGUCAAGGUGUCAGACAGGUGUGACUAUGUGUUUGUGAAUGGGAAGGAGAUGAAGGGCAAGGUGGGGAUGAUGGUGAACUUCACCUACAGCUACCUGAGUGCUCAGCUGGAGAUGAACGUGUGGAUCCCACGGCUGCCCCUCCAGAUCGAGGUGUCUGACACAGAGCUCAGCCAGAUCAAGGGGUGGAGGGUGCCCAUCAUGGCAAGCAGCCAAAGGUCUGCGCGGGACAGUGAUGAUGAGGAUGAUGAAGACCGGAGAGUGAGGAGCUGCACGUUACAAUACCAGAAUGCCAUGGUUCGAGUUUUGACACACUUUGUGGCCGAAUCUACCAACCCACGUGGUCAGCCUGCCUUCAUGCUAGGCAGUGAUUGGCAGGUGGACAUCACUGGGCUGGUGUGGGACUUCCUGAAGGUGGAGAACCCACAGAUAGCUAAGCUUCAGGACAGACGUAUACUGGUGGGACUGGACAUGGGGAUGACCACCAUCCAGGCAGACGUGCCCUCAUCUCCACACUCAUCCAUACCUGUCCCCUGGCUCCCGCCUCCCGUUAGGCUGGGCACAGAGGAAAACACCCUCCAGCCCAACAGUGGAAAACAGCACGAGAUGAGACAAAACUGUGAAAAACGUUCUGUUUGUCUGUCACACCGACUACCUCACAGAGAGCUGGUGCUGUCCCCCCUGUCUGACUCCAUUCUGGCAGAGAAGACUGUGACGGUGGUAGAUGACAAAGUGACCAUCACAGAACUGGGGGUGCAGCUGGUCACCGGCCUGGCUCUGUCCCUGCAGCUCAGCCCAGGAAGCAACCGGGCCAUCCUCGCCACGGCAACCACACAGGAAGUGCUGCAGAGCCCCAAACAGGAGGCCCUGAUCAGCGCGUGGCUGCAGUUCAGUGACGGCUCCAUGGCUCCUCUGGACAUGUACAACCCAGACUACUUUGUCCUGACGGCCACGUCUCUGGAUGAGGAGGUGGUGACGGUGCAGCAGGACCCCUCCUGGAAGUGGCCUGUGAUCGUAACCGAGUCAGAGGGCCAGGGCCUGCUGGUCAGGGUGGAGAUGACUGUCUGUGAGCUCUGCCAGAAGUUCAAACGCCGCAGCGUGCUGGCUGCAGGGAACUGCAAUGUCAGGGUGAAGUUUGGCCAGAGCGACAGUGGCACCUCCAGGGGCAGUGACUACGGUCCAGAGGGAGAGGAGCUUGAGAACAGGGCCAGCGACCGCAGACAGCAGUCCCCCUCCCAGGACAGGACUGGUCUGGACGGCCACUACUACGGCAGCUCCAUCUCUGACAUGGACAACGGGGUCAUGAGGAGGGUCACCACCACCACGAGUACCAUCGUCAGGAGGCCCAAUGGAGACAAGCUGUCAGACGAUGGGAACCAGGUCCAGAACAUGCCAGACUUCUCUGAAUUCCCUGCUCAUGUGGACCUCCCUCGCAGCCGCAACAUGGACGAUGAUCUGAUCCAGACAGCCCGGGGCCUCACUGACCUGGAGAUUGGUAUGUACGCCCUGCUGGGGGUCUUUUGCUUGGCCAUCCUGGUCUUCCUCAUCAACUGCAUCUCCUACACCCUCAAGUACCGCCACAAGGAGCUGUCCAUCGAGGGCCAGGAGAGCAUGAACCACGCCCAUGACUGGGUGUGGCUGGGGAACGAGGCGGAGCUGCUGGAGAGUCAAGUUAGUCUGUCCCCCCAGCAGGACGAGCUCACCUCCAUGGUGGACUGCACCGCAGGGUUGGAAGAGGGUAGCCACCUGCUCAACGGGGCUUCUGUCCAUAAGAACGUGCAGGGCCAGGUGCACCGGGCAGCAGACACGGGGGGCUGCACAGCCAAGGACAGCAAAGGAGACUCGCCGACCACAAAGAGGAAGCGUGUGAAGUUCACCACAUUCACCACCAUCCUGCCGGACAAUGGUUGCCCCACUGUCAGCACACUGAGCAUGGGCCACAGCCAGGACAUUAAGUGGGUGUGUCAAGACGUAGAGCUAGGGGACUCCAAGGAGCCCUGGAACUACAUGGAGAGGUUGAAUGACAGUGCUUUAAAAGAGGUGGCGUAGUCUGUGUGCUCAGUGCACUUAUAGCGAACUCACCCUUAUGCCUUUCACAGUGAAGUUGGCCUGGACAGCACCUAAUGCUAAACCCAGAGGAGGUUGAAAUCUGGAAAAUGUAUUUAAGGGGACAAAAUAGUAAUGAUACCACACAGGAAUAAUGGCAAAUCAUUAACUUGAAAGAAAUUAGGAUGUCUGUUUAUUUUUUUAUAAUUUGUUUCUCUCUUAAUAUCUUCCUACCUUUUUAUCAUUAUUUCAUUAUGGUUAUUUUGUAGGUAGACUUAAAUCAUGUUCCCAGACUAGCUCUGCAUUAUUGACAAAUCUAUGAAAUGUUACGCAGAUGAUAUGUAGAUUUAAGAAUGUAACAUGAAUAAAUAUUUAAGAUGUAUAUAAAGUACUCGUAGAAAGGUUUUGGAAGUUUUGUAGCAUUUUGAAUAUUGAUUUCCUAUUCCAUGUCGUUUUUUAUUUAUUCAUUUCUUUAUAAGUGGCUGGCCUCCCAGAAUAGACCAGAGUUAGUUUUCAGAACAUCCUGCAUGUGGUUUGAAAUAAAGGCACAAAUUUUAGGUUCAUCCUCAUCUUUACCAGAAGACACAGAGAAACGGCUAUGUAUAUACUGAACAGUCCUCCUACAAGCCAUUGUAUUGUUGCUCUGUAUAUUGUAUUUUCAUAUCUAUCAUUUAAAGAAUAUUCAACAAUG